CCCACUAUUAGACAAGUUUACCCACUCGCCCUGGCAGGCCUGAGACGUUGGGUGCAGCUCGCGAUCUUCAUUGAUUUGAUCCUCAUGAGCCGAUAGUUGCUAGGCACGGAAAAUUAAACGGCUCCUAGACCGCAAAGUACUCACAUACAUACCUAUUACAUAUAUACCGGUGACUAAACGCACGCUCUUAGUCCUGGCGACGCCUUUCAGCCCCGAAUAUUCCCCCCAAGACCUGCAGCUUGCCAUCCCCGCCUGUGGGCCCGUGCCCCAGCCAGACCAACAUCGGUUACAGUAUCGAAGCUGCACGAGCUCAAGCGACUGCCGCGCUCUCCAAAGGCCCAAGGACGGUACCGGGUCAGGAAGCACAACCCAGACCCAGACAAGAAGAGAAGACGGCGCCAAGCCCCCUGCGCGCGACAAUGGCGACCAACAACAUGCACAACCUGACCACGCUCAUCAAGCGACUCGAAGCCGCCACCGCCCGGCUUGAGGACAUCGCCUCGUCCACGAUCGAUCUGCCACAUGCCGUCCCGACCCUGCAGACCACGGCCGCAACUCCGGGCGCCCCUCCCGCGCCGGCCGCAGCCCCCGCUCCGCCCACCGAACCGGUUCCUGAAUCUGUUGAGGAGUUCGACGCCCUGAUAGCUUCGUCUACCUCCCCCUAUGUCAAGCUCAGCGAGAAGCUAGGGGGCCCUGUGGCCGAACAGGCCGCCCUUCUACUCAAGGGCCUUCAUGCCCAGCGCCAGUUUCUCCUGAUAACGACCAAGGCCAAAAAGCCCGACCUGAACGGCUCAGAGAUGUCGGUGUAUCAGGACAUGCUGAAGCCCACCAGCGAGUGUAUGCUGGGCGCGCAGAAUGUCAAAGAGAGCAACCGUGGCUCCGAUCUGUUCAACCACCUGAGCUCUGUCGCUGAGAUCGUCAUGGUCCUGGCCUGGGUUACGGUCGACAUGAAGCCUCACAAGCACGUUGAGGCCUGUGUCCAGAGCGCCCAACUAUUUACGAACAAAAUCCGGAUGCAGUACAAGGAGAAGGAUCCCGACCACGUCCAAUGGGUCGUUUCGCUACUGCAGCUGUGCACGGACCUGGCCGAGUACGUCAAGCAGUACUUUUCCAACGGCAUCCCGUGGAACCCCCAGGGCGCGCCCACCGAGCAGGUGCUCAAGUCCUUGACCCCGCUCCCGGCUGUGCCCCGGCCUCCCCCGGGGGCUCCCGCCGCCGCAGGAGGCCCUCCCCCGCCGCCCCCGCCGGGCCCCCCUCCGGUGCUGAAGAUCAAAGAGGAGGGCGCCGUCCCCGCCGCGGCGAGCGGCAUCAACGCCGUAUUCUCGGACCUUAACAAGGGCGAGGACGUGACAAAGGGCCUGCGCAAAGUGGACAGGUCCGAGAUGACGCACAAAAACCCGGCACUGAGAGCUGGGAGCACCGUGCCGGACCGGGAGGGCUCCGCCCGCGGCAAGAGCCCGGUUCCGGGCAAGAAGCCGAAGCCGGAGAGCAUGCGGGUCAAGAAGCCGCCCAAGAAGGAGCUAGACGGAAACAAGUGGCUCAUCGAAAACUUCGAAAAGGAAUCUCUCCCCAUCGAGAUCGAGGCCAACAUGUCGCACUCGGUCCUGAUCAGCAAAUGCAGUGCCACCACCAUCAUCGUCAAGGGCAAGGCUAACGCGGUGACCAUUGAGAACACCAACCGGUUGUCGCUCGUGGUGGACUCGCUCGUGUCGACGGUGGACGUGGUCAAGUCGACAAACUUUGGCCUCCAGGUCAUGGGCAGCAUCCCAACGGUGCUCAUGGACCAGAUCGACGGGGCCCAGCUCUACUUCAGCCGCGAGAGCGCCUCGACAAAGAUCUUCACGAGCAAGUCGGCAAACAUCAACCUCAACAUCCUAAGCGAGGACGACGACUACAAGGAGAUCCCCCUGCCAUCGCAGAUGUGCCACUACUUUGACGACAAGAAGGGCGACCUGGUCAAUGAGAUUGUCGAGCACGCCGGGUGAGGAGGGGCUGGGAGUGUUCGUGUUGCGCCGUGCUGUUGUGUUGUGUGCCCAGCAACCCAUGAGGAGUCGAGAAAAGGAAAAUAGAGGCAGGGCAGGACAUAGGAGGUGAUUUGAAUUUUAUUCGUCCAGCCCCAGCUUCACCGCUGCAUCUCCCGGGUUUUGCCCCAAUGCUCGCCAUGUUUUCGUCGUGCUCUUGCAGCGACCUCUUCAUACCUUAUUCCUCCUCCCUUUGUUGAUACUCGUAGGUGAGUGCGUUGGAGCAUAGCCUCGGAGCAUAGCGUUUAGAGAUAUCUUGCAGAUGUCUUGAGAUAGAUGCCAUAUUUCAAUGCAAGACGUAUGUUGUCAGACGGGCCACUUGAAGCUCGACCAUGACAGCCUGCUACCAUGUGCCCCAUCAAAGCACAAAAUGAG